ACACCCCAUUUAUUGAUGUACUGUUGCAACUUGUCCUACCCAGCUGUAUCCUGUGCGUCCUUGUGUAGUGAGACUCUGACCUCGUGUCGUCUGUUACAGAACUCGGUGCGGCUGUGCGGUAAAGGUGCGCCCAACACCCUCGGCGCGGUGGAGGAGGUUGUGGUACCCAAGACCGAGCCUGUCCACACCCGCAACAACAACAACAAUAACAACAACAACACCGGCAACAGCCACCACGAGAAGGGUCCCAGCUUGCCGGAGGCCGCCGGCUCCAGUGUCGCGGUCAGUGACGAAAGUUGGCGGGAGCGGGAACGGUUGCCGCCACCCCGGGCGCCCUCUCACGAUCGCCUUAGCGACGCGAGCAGUCGCUGUAGCAGUGGCCGGGGAUACAUCUGUGAUAGUGAAGGAGAUGACGAUAAGGUCGGUGCCAAGUCCGUUCAAAAGGAUUCUCGGUGGAAGGGUUCUGAUGGCGGGUCGAUACUCUUCACGCCAACUGUUAGAAAACAUGACCUGCCGGUACUGCCCACUACCAACCACCUGCCCGUGUUGAACAAUGGGACGGGGGGCACGGGGUCGCCAGGGAGGGGUAGUCCCAGCCCCCCACCACCUGUCAAGCCAGCAGCCAUGGCGCCACCCCCCAGCACCAUCCCCGCUAGUCCGCCACGCCCCAUAUCGCCCCCUCCACCCGCCGCUCAACCACUGCCUCCGCCCGCGGCCGCGCCCACGAUAUCGCAUUUUCCAAUUGCCAAUGGUCCUAUGGUCAGUCACCCCAGUCACAACGCUCACCCCAAGCCUCCGCCUCCUUCCCCGCCCACACAGAUCUCCCACCCCACCCAUUCGCCCAGGACCGCACCCCCAGUGGUGAGCUCUGCCUAUCCUCCUCCACCUGUCAGUUACGCCCCGCCCCCCUCCAGCAUGUCCCUCCAACCAGUGCCAAACCCCGCCUACCACCCCGUCACGACCAGCUAUGCCCCGCCUCCAGGCUCCCUAUACCAACCCCCGCUCUGCACCACCAACCUCAGUGCCAGCACCAACAGUAGCCCGGUGGUCGUGGCCGCCCCCAGCAGCUAUGUGUCUUCUUCGCUCUCAAUGGCAAACCCCUACCCGCCACUGUAUGCACCCUACAACAAUACCCCCUAUCUACCCCCCAUAUCUCAUGCUUCGAGAGUGAACGUGAGUCGCUCGGAGCCCCUGCCUGUGAUAUCCAGCAAGUCUGCGGCUGUAACGACGGUGGCCAGCCCAAUUGUAACCACAACCACCACAACCAGCCACAGGGAUAUUGUCAGCACACCGCUGGUCGGUAGGAGCCACUCCCCACGUGGUCACAGUCCUACACGCGAGCGGGACAGCUACAGCAGUAACGUGAGUAGCCUGAGUCGGGGCAGUGUUACUCCAGUCAAUUGUGCAGCCCCGCCAUCAAACUCAUCGCCGUUCAGUGCCCCCGCCCCCGCUCAUACUGCCCCCACGCCCUCUAGUCUCGCUUACAGCAAGCCUCCUGUCUGGGUUGGUGGUUCCAGUAAUGCGCAACUCUCACCCGCCACGUCAGUGCCCCGCCAUCCCCUCAGUCACCCCCCUCAUCCACAUCCGUUCCCACCACCCAUGUUUCCCCCGGUUGCAGCCCCGCCAGCCCCAACUGUCACUGCCCCCGUUCCUGCGCCUCCUCCGACAAACCCGAACCCAUUCUCCGCAGAAUCUCUGUUCCAAUCAAACCAAGCGGAUCUGCUUAGGCGGGAGUUGGACAACAGGUUCCUGGCGUCACAAGAUCGUGCACUGAUACCGCCACCGUACUUGCGUACGGAGAUGCACCACCACCAACAUCAGCACACUCACGUGCACCAACACACGGCGCCCUUGCUGCCCCCACCUCCCUCCACACUCUUCGCUCCUCCAAUCUUCAAGGACAUUCCAAAGAUUGGAGGUGUCGAGUCGCCGUUCAACCGCCAGAACCUAGGUUUGAGCAGCUAUCCCGGCUUCUCCCCGGGACUGCUCCACCCUACUAUGGGGGCGGCCACCCCCUUCGCUCCUCCCAACCAUCUCCCCACAUUCACACCAAAGCAAUUGACUGAUAACACCAAACCCAAACCAGUGAAGACGGGCAAGUGGAAUGCCAUGCACGUGCGGAUAGCCUGGGAAAUCUAUCACCAUCAGCAGAAGCAGACUGCGGAGGUAAAGACGCCCCACCCCACGGUGGUGGCGGGGGCUGUCCCACCAAAGAGCGAACUGCUGCGCCCACCCACCACGCACCUCUUCCCCCCUCCCCGGCCCCACGAAAUGCCCCCCUUUUCUGCACCCCACCGUGCCCCUCACCCGUUCGAGAGUUCUCCCCACCCCGCGGCCGCCCAGUUUCCUGGCAUCGGUGGGAGCUUGUUUGGAAGGUAUCCACCGAGUCCAGCGGUUCCUUCUUUGGCUACGUUUCCACACACACCUCUCUACGAUCCUUGGUCAAGGUUACAACCUAGAACGUCUUCAAGCUUCCCGACACCUCUGGGAGCAACGGUUGGGCCUUGGAGCUUGAAACCGGAACCAGGCCUGAGUGAAGCGGAACGAGAACGGGAAAGGGAGCGGGAACGGGAGAGAGAGAAGGAGAGGGAGAGGAGCAGGGAACGAGAAAGGCAGCGGAGAGAGGAGAAGCAGAGGAAGUUGCUAGCGGCCCAACAACAACAGAACAAGGUGCGGGAACGGUCACCUCUGCGGGAGCCCCCGCCGACUGUUGUACCCAAGGAGGAGGAUGUGGUAAUGUUGGGUCGACCACCCCCUCACUACCUGCCCCGCCCCCGCCACCCUCCGCGUACACUGCCUCCUCACUUCGCCCCCACCCCAUGGGACCACCCGUACAGACUCGACCCAAUGAGGCUGAACCCGCUGAUGGCUGCAUUCCGAGAAGAAGAGGAGCAGAGAGCCAAACUGUUUGCAAGCUACCCACCCCCACCCCACUUGCGGGGUAAGGCACCUAGCCCUCACAGGCCCCCCCAUCCCUCUCACCACCCUCACCCUCAUCCUCUCCCCCAUCCCGACCACAAGAAGGAGGAGUCCUCUCAGUCCCGAUAGCUUGUUUAGGUUAUGUUUGCUCACUUGAGGACGCAGUCUCUGGUGGUUGACAUCCCGCAACAUUGCUUGCUGCUUUUCUGUGAUAAAUUCAUUCUAUUCUUACGUGUUCUGUUGUAAAAUUUGUACCUUAACAAUGUUUUAUAUAUAUACAUAAUUUAGAAAAUAUUUUUAUAAUUUGUUGUUAUUAUCUUAUUUAUUUGUUUCUUUAUUUGGUCGGCACUUCUUCGCCUGUUUCCUCGUACGAAAACAAGAGAAGAAGUGCAGAACCCAUGUUGGGGUUAACCACCCGGGUCAGUAUACCUCAAAACUACUUUGUUAGCUUUACAUCACAUAUUUUUAAGUUCCUUAGGGAAUUUGUGCCAUUGUGAUAACGUUGUAGGAAACGUUAUGUUCCUCACAGAACAUUUUUGUAUUUUUGCACGGGAUUAACCGAAUUGUGUAACGCUCGCAAAUGCAGUUCUGUAAACUAGGCUUGUUAUAUCGGUCACUAUUUCACUGCCAUCAUAAGUUUCUGCUGCAAUCACGUAUAUAAAAUUAAUCUGGAUUGUAUUUUUGUGUUUGUAGGACUUUACCAAAUGUAAUGUAUUUUUUAUUCUUUAACAAAUAUUAGCAUAUUUUCUCAUCUAUUUCUCGAUGUGUUACUUACUUUUAAAGAAUCUUAGUGAAACAGCCAAGAAUACAAGAAUAAUUAGAAGCUCCUUUUCAUCUUUAAACUCAGUACAGUAGUUUUAAAUAUUAAAUAGUUUUUAAAUAAAUUUAUUUUUGACUGAAUUUCUUUGUUAAUUAGCUAAGUUUAUUAACCAAAAAUUUUGUACCAAAAACCAAACCAAGUACUGGACUGAUUACAGUUUUUGUAUUGAACAAUAACAAAUCAUACUUUUCUGAUUGUCACAUAUUUUUAAUUACUAUACUGUGGUUGACUAUUUAUAACAGCAUAACUGUAAUUAUAUCUGCUAACCAAAAAAAAUCAUAUCCCGACUCAGUUCCAAUCACUUUGAAUAAACGAGAAUGUAGUGCACUUAUCACAAAAUACAAUUGUUCAAAAAAACUGUUUUGCUGUUGUAAAAGAACUGGAAUUAUGAAGACACAAUUGUUUAAUAUAGUAUUGCUUGGUUAAUGAUAACAAACUAUUAAUAAGUGAAAAAGAACAAGAAAAUUUAAUGGAUUCUUAUGUUUUUACAACUUUUAUAAUCUUGUUUGCAUUUUAUGUAGUCAAUACAGUUAAUAAAAAGUGAGUCCAAUGCAGCAUUUAAUUAGUUUUGUUUACGGAUAAUUUGUACCAAUAGUCUCUUUAACCAAAUGGAAAUAGUUAAGGUCAUAGAAUUUAGAAAUACUUACCAUACCAGUAAAAUGCAUAUUGUAUUUAUUUUUCGUAUGUUCUCUUACAAUUGGCUCUGUUUGCAUAAUCUUCCUGUAUUUUCAGUAUGUCAAAUACAAUUUUAAUUCGUAAUUUUUAUGUGUUCAGAGCGGUUAAUGUGAUUAAUCGGAGCUUGCGGUUCGAACAGCAUCUUACCUGUUCUAUUUUAGAAGCAACAACAUAAGUGGAAUCAUUAUAUUUUUGACGAAAAUAAAACGUAGAUGGGACCAUUGUUGCUGGAAAAGGGUGUUGUACAAUUUAAGUUCAAACGUUUGUUAAUGGGUGAAUAAAUAUAUAUACUAUGAACAACAUUAUUAUAUAAAAAUGGCUUUAUUGUUAUAAAAACUACAAGAAUUAAAUUACAUGAAAUUGGUACUAUUAUUACUACUGUAUGUCUGUUUACUUUGCUCCAAUCACAAUCAUGUGUGAAGUUGAGGUACAGCAAUUUUUCUAUCUCUGAACUAGGGAAGUAGUGCAAAAUUCAAAUACAGUUAAAAAUCAAUUUUAAAAAAUUUGUACAAUUUACUAUAUGAUUACAAAAUCAUGUGAUCAUUUAUGGUGUUUGUACUUAUUAAUUUGUCACUAAUUCUAUUCAGUGUUGUCUGUAAUAUUAUCAGAGUAAAAAGGAUAUAGAUUUGGAACAGACUGGCUUCACCAGUUUGGAUUCAAGUUGGAGCAGGGUAAACCAACAGAUCUACUCUGUUUGUAAAAAAAAAAUAUUUUUAUAACAAAUGUUUUGUAAUGUCUGCCAGAAUUCACUAGUUGAGGAUUUAUUUGUUGCAGUCAUAUUUUUAAUUGGUGCAUCCACAUGUUGGUUUUAACUCUGUUUAAGUCAAAUUGUAUUUUAAAUAAUUUAGCACAAUUAAAAAAACCAUAGUUUAUGAAAAACAAACCGCGUGUUUUUUUUUUUGUUUCGAAGCGUUUACAGUGAACACUGUAGGUUCAGUGCAAUAACUGGUAGACUCCACUGGUUGGUGCGUGCGUGUGCACGUCGUGGUGACGUGCGGGAACCGAGGCGUUACCUCAACAGUCCUCGACUAAGUCCUCGGUGUACCUGAAGUUAGGUUAGGUUAAGUCAAGUAAAGUAGAUAAAAUGUACUCUGGCUUUAAAAACACAUGUAUAUAGUGACGAUUGUACAUUAUGUAGAGUUGACCUGUACAGUAGGGUACAUUGUGAUCACCCGUAUUGAUAGUAUUUAUUUAAUUUAUGACACAUUUUGAAUGUUAACGAUGAUGAUCUCAAAUCGUAAAACGUCUAAUAGCGAGGGUAUACACUUGUCUUUCACUGUGUGAAGUCCCCCUUGCGCUAACUGCCUGCAGAGCUAUUACAACAGUUUAAAGAGAUAAUACAACUUGUUAUUUUGUCAGUGAAUGUACAUUGUACGAAGUUAUCUAACACAAUUAUUGUAGUGAGACUGUAUCUGCAGGCAGGAUCUAUGGUAUAGUUGUAAUGGUUACGUGCCUAGCCCCUUCACACUUGAGUAAUGAUGUAAAUACGCUGCCGAUGUACAUAAGUCCUUCGUGGCGACGCUGUAGAUACAAAACUGUGCUUAUGUCCGUAUUGUAUGUAUCUAACAUCUUAUGUGCAUUUGUAAUAAAUAAAACUUUGUACACUUAUAACUUUUAACAAAUUUUAAUAUUUUUAAUGUAGCAAUGGUAUGUACAGUAGUGUAGUUCCAUUUGUAAAUGGAAGUUACAUGUUUUUUCAUUAUGAAAUAUAAUAAUUUAAAAUGUGUAAAA